UAAAGAUGAGAAUUCAUGAUUAGCUAUUUAGCUCCUUUCAUCUUCUUCGCUAGAGUUCCCGGCGAAAUUUUUUCUCCGUCACCGGAAAAAACACUUCCGUUCAUCGUCCGGAGACAGCUUCAUCCUCCGUCUUCAUCUGACAUUCACCUUGGAUCUUAGUCAACAAGUAGCCGCUGCUGCUGUUUUCGCGAUUUCUGUGUUUCCCAGAAAAUUUUCGCCGGAAAAGAGAAGAGCACGAGCGAUUUCUCGACAGAAGCUCUUUGUUCUCCGUCCAAGACCUGAGAGUUUGCCUCUGAUCUUACCCAGUUGAAGAUUUAAACUUUUGGUCUUCGGUCUUUUUCCCAGAUCUUCGGUUUCGCGUGUGGAAUCUCUUUCUGAUCUACCGAAAAGAGAUAGUUUGGGUAGAGAUGACGUCGGGGACGAGAAUGCCAACAUGGAGGGAGAGAGAGAACAACAAAAGAAGGGAGAGACGAAGGAGAGCGAUGGCGGCGAAGAUCUUCGCCGGCCUGAGAAUGUACGGAAACUAUAAACUGCCGAAGCACUGCGACAACAACGAAGUGCUCAAAGCACUCUGCAAUGAAGCCGGUUGGAUUGUCGAGCCCGACGGCACCACCUACCGCAAGGGAUGCAAGCCUGUGGAGCGUACGAACUAUGCUAGCCCCUGCUCCUCUUUUCAGCCGAGCCCUUUCACUUCUUACAGUCACAGUCCGGCCUCGGCUUCAUCUUCCUUGGCCGCUAACCUCACUACUGCCGAUGGCCAGUCGCUAAUCCCGUGGCUUAGAAACCUCUCGACAUCAUCAUCAUCGUCGUCAUCAUCAAGAUUCCCGUACCUUUACGUCCCCGGAGGCUCCAUCAGCGCUCCUGUCACUCCUCCCUUAAGCUCUCCAACAGCUCGGACACCCAGAAUGAAACCCGACUUUCAACAGAACAACUCCUUCUUCUUCUACUCGACACCGCCCAGUCCCACCAGACAGCAGCUCGUCCCUGACCCAGAAUGGUUUUCUGGGAUUCAAAUCCCUCAAAGUGUUCCAACUUCCCCGACGUUCAGCCUCGUCUCUGCAAACCCAUUUGGCUUCAAAGAAGCUUCUGGUAACAAUGGCAGCGGCGGCUCAAUGAUGUGGACGCCAGGGCAAAGCGGAACUUGCUCCCCUGCUGCUAUUCCACCAGGUUCUGACCAAACUGCCGAUGUUCCAAUGUCUGAAGCUGUUCCUGCAGAGUUUGCAUUCGGUGGCAACGAGAACGGAUUAGUUAAGGCAUGGGAAGGCGAGAGGAUACACGAGGAGAGUGGAUCGGAUGAUCUCGAGCUCACUCUCGGAAAUUCAACGACGAGGCAGUAACCUUCCCAUCAUGUACAUGUAAACUCGGAGAAAACUGGAUCAAAGCUUGAAGCCGAGAACCAUUCUCAAAACUCUGCAUGAUAUUCCACAACUGCAAGAGCAGCAGCAUUAACAGGAGGAGCAAACCACAAAGGUGAGGAAACGGCCUGAUUUCACUUGUUUUCAUUCAUUUAUUUAUCGAUCUAAGUUCGUUCGCAUGAUUUAAUGUUGGGAGUUACACUGCGAAACACAUUGUUUCUUGGCAUCAUUUAUAACAUUAUUACAUCUCUGUUAUGAU